GGGCAGGGGCUGAUCUGGGCGGGUACCGCCUGGAGGCGCGGGGCGCGCCCCCUGCUAGGAGUCAUGCUCGGCAGGUCCGGGUACCGGGCACUGCCCCUGGGGGAUUUUGACCGCUUCCAGCAGUCGAGCUUCGGCUUCCUGGGCUCGCAGAAGGGCUGCUUGUCCCCAGAGCCGGGCGGCGUGGGGCCGGGGGCCGACGUCCCGCAGAGCUGGCCCUCCUGCCUCUGCCACAGCCUCAUCAGUUUUCUGGGGUUUGUGCUGCUGCUGCUAACCUUCCCUGUUUCCGGCUGGUUUGCCCUGAAGAUCGUGCCCACCUACGAGCGGAUGAUCGUGUUCCGGCUGGGCCGGAUCCGCACGCCCCAGGGGCCUGGCAUGGUUCUGCUCCUGCCCUUCAUCGACUCCUUCCAGAGGGUGGAUCUGAGGACACGGGCCUUCAACGUCCCUCCCUGCAAGCUGGCCUCUAAGGACGGGGCUGUGCUGUCCGUGGGGGCCGACGUCCAGUUCCGCAUCUGGGACCCGGUGCUGUCGGUGAUGACCGUGAAGGACCUGAACACAGCCACGCGCAUGACGGCCCAGAACGCCAUGACCAAGGCCCUGCUCAAGAGGCCGCUGCGGGAGAUCCAGAUGGAGAAGCUCAGGAUCGGAGACCAGCUCCUGCUGGAGAUCAACGACGUGACCAGGGCCUGGGGGCUGGAGGUGGACCGCGUGGAGGCGGGGCCGCUGGGGCCCGUGCUCCCCCCGCCCCGGGCCGGCCCCGCCGCGCCCAGCCUGGACGGCACCCUCCAGCAGCUGGCGCGCCACUUCCUGGGAGGGGGCGCCCCGCCGCCGGGGCCAGUGGACACCGUGGAGCUGGUGAGCGAAGCCGAGCCACCCGCGCCUCCCGCCGGACCCCGGCCCUGCCCGCAGCCGUGCCCGCCGCAGCCCGUGGCCGAGGGGUUGCUGGCCGUCCUGCAGCCCUUCCUGUCCGAGGCCCUGGUCAGCCAGGUCGGGGCCUGCUACCAGUUCAACGUCCUGCUGCCCGGGGGCGCCCGGCGCGCCUACUUCCUGGACCUCAGCUCAGGACGAGGGCAGGUGGGACACGGGGUGCCCGACGGCGUCCCCGACGUGGUGGUGGAGCUGGCCGAGGCGGACCUGCGGGCCCUGCUGUGCAGGGAGCUGAGGCCGCUGGGCGCCUACAUGAGCGGGCGGCUGAAGGUGACAGGUGACCUGGCCGUGGCCAUGAAGCUGGAGGCCGUCCUCAGGGCCCUGAAGUAGCAGCCUUGACUGACCGUCCACACUCCAGCCCUGAGCCUGGUGCCAAGCCAGGGGGGCCUCUUGGAGGAGGCGUCACUGCACCACAGACUGUGGAGUCCUCGCAGCCUGGAGCCAUGGAGCGGGGCUGGAAGAGGCCGGGCCAGGUGGCUGCCCCUGUCCCUGCAGUGAGCUCUGGACAAGCCCCGGCCCCUGUCCCCAGCGAGUGCCCAGCCGAGCCGGGGCCAGCCACCCUGAGGGGGCACAGGACCCUCAGAGCAGCCUGGGCAGCUCGUCACCCCAGCACAGGCUCAGCUCCGAGCUCCAGCAGGGGUCGCCCCCAGAGCACCGACUCCCGCCCACCCGGCUGCAUGCGCGCCGAGCCGGACAGCAUGGAGGACAGCCUUGACCAAUAAACGUGUGUGUGUGCGCGUGCGCGUGUACAGCGGCUCGGGCACGGCACAGACCCUGCAGCCGGCGUGGACCGGAGUCCUUGAAACGCCCCCUUUUCUCGGGGGCUCCGCCCGAGGGCUCAGCUCUCUGAGGGUGUCAGUUCCCCAGGAGGGAGGGACGGCCAUGCGUGCCACAGACGGGCCGGAACCACUGGGCAGGGGCGGGGACACCGGGACUUCACCGGGUGACUGAAUGGCAUGGAGGCACCGCCCGGCCCCA